AUGGAUCUGCAUAAUUUUUGUCUGCAAGCAGGGGCAACCAUUGCAGGGAACAUUCCUGCACGCUACUCACAGUUUCUAAUCCAAUUAAUAUCAGCAUCUCAAAUGUCGAAAACCAAUUUAGCAAUUGCCCUUCAUUACCUUCGAUUAUACAAAAAAAAUACCGUGAAUCAACUCGAUCCAAAUGAAAAUCCUCAAAUGGCUAACGCCGUCAUUGUUACUGCAUUAAUCCUUUCCAAUAAAAUUUUCGAUGACCACUGUUACACAAUCACCACCUGGAUCAAUAUGAUCAAUCAAAUUCCAGAUCAUCCCCAAUUCACCGUGAAACUUUUAGCAUCAUUAGAAGCGCAUUUUUUGGCGUGCGUUGAUUACAAAGUGCUGCUUCACUCGGUAACUCCUCACCUAAUGAUCAAUCGACCAACCGCAAAUUGCAUCCCAACCUGCAUGAUGCCUGCGCACCUCCCGAUAAUUCCACCUGCAAACACCAGCAUCACUACACCACCAAUCUACACUCAGCCGCAGAUGGCCACGCCGGUCACGGUUAUACCAACGCCGAUGGUUCCGGCAUUUGCCCCCGGUAUAACCACCGGUAUAAACCCCGGUAUAACCACCAAAUAUUCCGACAUUUACAUGCCCCUCACCCCCGAAACUCCUGCAUACUGCCGUCCUAAACGACGCCAGCCAAGUCCUGUAGCCUAUAAAAGGCCUCGGAUAGACUACCGUUCACAAACGGCCAUUUAG